CUACUUCCAGCGAAAGCCCGCGUCGGAGGGCGACCGCCGGCGACCGGGAGCGGUGCGGGGCUCGGGGCGGGCGGUCGACUCAGCCCCAGCGCCCGCACCAGCGCGGGCUGAGCUCGCAGGAAGAAGCGAGGCUCCAGGCGCUGCAGCAGCUUCGGCUCCCGGCCCCAGCGUCACCCAAUGCUCCCGACCCGCGGGAGAGGACGAAGAGGCUCUGUGGUACCCAAGGCCCUGGAACGGCCGCAGAGAGCAACCGCUGCCGGCUGCUUUGUCCAGCCCAAGGCCCAGCGAGCGCGCAGAGAACAGGCGCGCCGAGGGAACCGGCUCGCCGCGCCGCAGCCCGCCAGCCGGCCCUCGGGCUUUGUGCCGCCCUCGGCUCCGGCGCAGAAGUGUCCGCCGGCACUCGAACUCCGAGGGGGCACCGCGCCCGCCACCAGCCCGAGCGGAGUCAUUCGGCAAGGCAGCCGCACGCUGGAGGCAGAGGGAAGAGCGAGCUAGCGCGAGCCGGGAAGGAAGCCACCAGGCCAAGGCGGUGGGACGCGAGCUCCGAGGGAGCUCAGAGCCGAGCAAGAGGACUGUCAGCUUCCAUCCAGCCCCCGGGCUCGUGGCCCCAACUCCACUGGAGCGCGGAGCUUGGAACUUGAAAACUCUCAGCUCCCCAGGCUUCCCCCGACUCUCAUCUCCCUCGCCCUGCGGAGGCUGGGGCUCUUCCUUGUCCUCCGGCCCCCUGCGCUCGGGGGAAGACUUUAGGGGCGCGCAGAUGUGUGAGGCCUUUUACUGUGAGAGUGGACAGACAUCCGAGAUUUCAGAGCCCCACAUUCAAGCCCCGUGGAAUCCCGAGGCCCCCAGCCAGCGCCAGGAUGCAGAACAGUCACAGCGGAGUGAAUCAGCUCGGUGGUGUCUUUGUCAACGGGCGGCCACUGCCGGACUCCACCCGGCAGAAGAUUGUAGAGCUAGCUCACAGCGGGGCCCGGCCGUGCGACAUUUCCCGAAUUCUGCAGGUGUCCAACGGAUGUGUGAGUAAAAUUCUGGGCAGGUAUUACGAGACUGGCUCCAUCAGACCCAGGGCAAUCGGUGGUAGUAAACCAAGAGUAGCGACUCCAGAAGUUGUAAGCAAAAUAGCCCAGUAUAAGCGGGAGUGCCCGUCCAUCUUUGCUUGGGAAAUCCGAGACAGAUUAUUGUCCGAGGGGGUCUGUACCAACGAUAACAUACCAAGUGUGUCAUCAAUAAACAGAGUUCUUCGCAACCUGGCUAGCGAAAAGCAACAGAUGGGCGCAGACGGCAUGUAUGAUAAACUAAGGAUGUUGAAUGGGCAGACCGGAAGCUGGGGCACCCGCCCUGGUUGGUAUCCGGGGACUUCGGUGCCAGGGCAACCUACACAAGAUGGCUGCCAGCAACAGGAAGGAGGGGGAGAGAACACCAACUCCAUCAGUUCCAACGGAGAAGAUUCAGAUGAGGCUCAAAUGCGACUUCAGCUGAAGCGGAAGCUGCAAAGAAAUAGAACAUCCUUUACCCAAGAGCAAAUUGAGGCCCUGGAGAAAGAGUUUGAGAGAACCCAUUAUCCAGAUGUGUUUGCCCGAGAAAGACUAGCAGCCAAAAUAGAUCUACCUGAAGCAAGAAUACAGGUAUGGUUUUCUAAUCGAAGGGCCAAAUGGAGAAGAGAAGAAAAACUGAGGAAUCAGAGAAGACAGGCCAGCAACACACCUAGUCAUAUCCCUAUCAGCAGUAGUUUCAGCACCAGUGUCUACCAACCAAUCCCCCAACCCACCACACCUGUUUCCUCCUUCACAUCUGGCUCCAUGUUGGGCCGAACAGACACAGCCCUCACAAAUACCUACAGUGCUCUGCCGCCCAUGCCCAGCUUCACCAUGGCAAAUAACCUGCCUAUGCAACCUCCAGUCCCCAGCCAGACCUCUUCAUACUCCUGCAUGCUGCCCACCAGCCCUUCGGUGAAUGGGCGGAGUUAUGAUACCUACACCCCCCCACAUAUGCAGACACACAUGAACAGUCAGCCAAUGGGCACCUCGGGCACCACUUCAACAGGACUCAUUUCCCCGGGUGUGUCAGUUCCAGUGCAAGUUCCUGGAAGUGAACCUGAUAUGUCCCAAUACUGGCCAAGAUUACAGUAAAAAAA